AUGAGCUCUAUGAGGCCGUCUACUCACAAUACAGACAACGCCAGUGUCUCCGGCGAUAGCUUUACAGAGGACGAAUACGACGAGCAUGAGCAUUAUGGGCACUCCAACCGGGCUAAAGAGAGCAACAUUACUAAAUGGACUAAUUUCAUCAACUGGCGUAACACCAGUGGCAGUCGCAGUCGCAGUCGCAAUCACAAUCACAACCCCACAGAGGCCGGUAGAGGGAGAGUGAUAUCGCAGAGUGACACCCUCGAACAGGAAGCACGUCUCGAGCGCGACAGAUCCAAAUUCGAAGCAGGCGUCAUACUCCACAUCGAGUCAGCCACCCAAGAUACACACCAACUCAUACACGCUCAAUCCCGGAGGCUAGAUAGUGUGGACAGUGCGGCUGAUGGUGUCGCUCUCAGAUUAGAUAAUGUCGACGCGCACAUCAACGCCCUCGAUACGCAGUCGGACUCAGUUAAUGCGCGUUUGGAGGUGAUUGAAAAGGACAGCACAAAUCAAUCUCCACAUUCAGAUGCCCUCGCAGAUCGGAUCGCUGCGCAGGACCAUCUCAUACACUCCCUCCAACUCGCUAACCAACAUCACCAACAUACCAUCUCCACACAGGAAAAUCAACUCUGCGAUUUGCGCUCGGUCGUCAGUAAACUACAGUCCGACCUUAGAGGCCUUUCUGUCUUGGCUCUUGAACGGAUACAAGGUUUGGAGAAGAGUGUUGAAAAAAAUACUGAAAAGAAUGCCGAAAUUAAGUCUGAGAGGAACCUCAAAGAGAAGGCUGAAAAGAGUACUGAAAAUGUUGUUGAAAGUAACCCAGACAUAAGCAAUGACAAAACCACAGACAGACACACAGACAACCCCAAUGGCACCCCUUACCACCGCAAAAUUACCAGCUUUUCUAGCCUCAGGGAUGAGAAUACACCGUCAUCUACAACAAGGUCACCCGCAAUAAAGCCACCCACUACAAACCCAACAAACACGAAAUCACCCACUAAAUCUCAAACCCCACUCAGGCGACCACCUGGCUCUCCUGUCAAACAAUCUCCAGCCAUCCAAGCCAAAGCAAAGCAAUUCACCUGA